AUGUAUUCGACAUUGACAAACGUCGUCAACGACCAAACGGUCGCCUUGAAUGCUCUGAUCUAUGGAUACGCUGGGCACAGCCUCGUCACCCCGCAGCACGCUCUCCAGCAGAUUUGGUGGACCGAGGAGCGAAUCAACGAGAAGGUCAACCAUGACUUCGUCACCUCAAGGCUACAACCGAAAGAGAGAGAACGUCUCACACAACCUGUCGGAUUCGGCGAUCUGAGCGACGACACCUACAUCGAAUGGAUCCUGGAGAAAGCAAGACGACUGUUCCUGAUCUUGGUCGAGAUUGGCGAAGCGGAUAGGAUCUUCGCGGUUGUUGACAGAUCGUGGGACGACGAUGAUUUGCCUCUCGAAAUGGACGAUAUAGAGCAGCUUUCGCUUUCGAAUCGCCGCGAUAACCACGCCGAUGCUCGCUUCUACCAUACACAGUUCACAUUCCUCCUAAGAGAAUUGCGGGAAGGCAUACAUAUCGAUUAUGCGCCCAACGAGGAGAUUCCAGUCGAGAACGUAAUGUCUCUGCCAGUGGCAGUGAGCUUACAGGCCUGGCAACGUAUGCACCUACCGAAGAAGGCAAGGGAAAUCUACGUUCGCAGGCGAUUUCCACUGGGCGACCCAGAAACACCGGAUGCGUUCGAAGAGGACUUCAAGAUGGAUGUAGAAAGCGCAAGGAUGGUCGAGCAUGAGCAUCUUGCGCCGAUCUGGGCCUCGUAUACCUCCAAAGGUGUUGGUUACAUCGUCACCAACUUUGUAGGGCAGCAUACACUUCGCACUUUCAUCGACCACCGCAACCCGACUCAGUACCAGAAGCUGUUGAAGCCUGACCGGAGAUGGUUGGUACUCAACUGGCUGCACUGUCUGGCAGACGCCAUUGCAACGCUGCAUCAGAAUGGAUUCUGCCACUCCGCCAUUCGACCGUCAAAUAUCCUCAUUGACGAGCAGAAUGCGAUAGCAUUUAGCGACAUCGGUAGCCUUGAGACAUUUCAAAAAGACAAGAAGCCCGACGCAAUGGACGCCUACGUAUAUAGUGCGCCAGAGACACACAUCAGCACAGGACCUUUCGACCCCAAUGACCCUGCGCCUUCACCCACUAUCCCAAACGGUCGACAUGCUUCGAUGAUUAGCAAGAGUUCAUCCGGGUCAUCCGGCAGUAAUAGCUCACAACGGCAGAAGCUUACCAAAGCACCUACAACGGACUUCUCCGGUUUCAACUUUGGAUUCAAGAAGUCGAAAGCGAAGCCCACACCGAAGAAGCGGUCGCGGGUACACGAGACUGAGAAAGCAGAUGUGUUCUCCCUUGGUUGUGUUUUCCUGGAGAUCAUCACAUUUAUGCUAAAGAAGAAGCCUCACGAUUUCGUAAAGCACCGUACGUCGAAGCAAAGGACCAAUACUGGCGGGAAGAACUCUCGAACGGACUCAUCAUAUCAUGUCAAUCUCGACAAGGUAGAGACUUGGAUGAACACACUCGAAAAGGCUUCCUUUGAGCAUGACGACGACGCGUUCCGGGCGAUCCCUCCCAUAUUACAGGUCAUCCGGAGUAUGUUGAGCAAAGCACCUAUGCUUCGCCCUGCGGCGCGUGAUGUUCGCGACAAGAUCUUUGACAUUCUCUUCGAAAACACUUCCAUACCCGACAUCCAUUGCGGCGCUCAUAAGCACGAUAUUGGAGUAGCGGCAUCGUCGUAUUCCGGCUCGGACAGGGCUUCACUAAUGACAAUGUCAACAAUGACCUCAACGAGUUCGAGUACCUCUGACGCGGAUACCAUACGCUCGAGCACGACGCGUGUAAGCUCGAUACUGAACUCGUAUUCCGACCGGACGACCUUGUUCGGUAUCGAAGAAGAUGAUAGCGCUUCGAUAAAAACGCUAGAACCCAUUGCCACACAAGCCCAAAUUGGUAGAGCAUAUGAAUCACCGAGGGAAGCUCCAAUACCACCAAGCUCUCCCACUUCACCAACAUCACCACGGUCCCCAAUGUCGCCAAUGUUCCCAAGCUCUUCAAGCCCUUCGAGACCGACGUCAUCAGCCACGAAGGGGAAGUCUUGGAGCAAGCCAUUCAUGCUGAUGCCAUGA